GUGAUGCCCUUUGGACUAACCAACGCGCCGGCUACUUUUCAACGUUGUAUGAAUGACCUGUUUAGACCGUGGUUAGACAAAUUUGUGGUAGUUUAUCUAGAUGAUAUUCUAGUUUUUAGUAAGACCCUCCAGGAGCACCAGGGUCAUCUGAGGCAGGUCUUGGAGAAGCUUAGAGAGGCUAACUUCAAGAUCAACGCGAAGAAGUGCGAGUGGGCCAAGACGCAAGUCUUGUACUUGGGCCACGUGUUGGACGGAGAUGGCAUUAAGCCAGAGGACAGCAAGAUCGCGGCGAUUAGAGACUGGCCGACGCCCCGCACACUAACAGAGUUACGGUCGUUCCUAGGCUUAGCUAAUUACUAUAGGAAGUUCGUGAGGAACUUCUCCACUAUCGCCGCCCCCUUGCGCAAACUGCUAAAGAAAGAGGCAAUCUGGCAAUGGGAUAAAGAUUGUACGUCUGCGCUCAAGAAGUUAAAGCGCGCGUUAAUAGAAUAUCAUGUCCUCAAAGUAGCAGAUCCAUCCUUGCCAUUUGUCGUUACCAUGGACGCGAGUCAGUAUGGGAUAGGCGCCGUGUUGCAGCAAGAUGACGACAAUGGUUAUAGACCCGUAGAGUUCAUGUCAGCGAGGAUGCCCUGUGAGAAGGUUGCUACCUCCACGUACGAGAGAGAACUCUACGCUCUCAGGCAGGCUUUAGACCAUUGGAAGCACUACCUGCUUGGGAGGCACUUCAAAGUCUAUUCGGACCAUGAAACGCUUAGAUGCUUGAAGACCCAAGCCAAGAUGACACCUAAGUUGACCAGGUGGGCCGCAGAGAUAGACCAAUUCGACUUUGAGCUCAAGCCAGUGAAGGGCAAGUAUAACGUGGUUGCGGAUGCUCUAAGUAGGAGAUCAKACUACUUUGGAGCUGUAGUACACUAUCUGGAUAUAGGGAAAGACCUGCAGGAGAAAGUGAAGCAAGCGUAUGCGCAGGACCCUAUCUAUAGCGACCUCCUAAAGAGAGUUAGAAAGGCUCCAGAGACCGAACCAGAUUACCGCACUACAGACGGAUUGCUGUUUGAGAAGACUAAUGUGUUUGACCGCCUSUGCGUCCCCAACAACGAGGAGAUUCGUAGUCUGAUCCUAGGGGAAUGCCACGAUACUGAGGGACACUUCGGUUGGCAAAAGACAUUAGCCAAUCUAAUGCGCGCGUAUACCUGGCCCGGAAUGAAGAAUGACUGCAUAGAGUAUGUUCGCAGUUGUAAAGUGUGCCAAAGGAAUAGGUCUACAACACGCGCACCCCUAGGUCUUCUCAGACCCUUGCCUAUUCCGGAUCAGCCGGGAGACUCAGUGUCCAUAGACUUCAUGGACACCCAAGUCAAGAGUAGACAUGGUAAGAGCCAAGUCAUGGUCAUAGUUGACCGUUUUAGCAAAUAUGCAGUUUUCGUUCCUUUGCCUGCAGAGGCACAUACGGACUUAGUUAUACAGAGUUUUUUUGACUUUUGGGUUAGUGAGAAUGGAAUCCCAUUGUCAAUUGUUAGUGAUAGAGAUAGUCGCUUCACCAGCCAAAACUGGCACGAACUCAUGAGAGUUUACGGAUCUAAGUUGUUAAUGUCAUCUAGCCGUCACCCAGAGACUAACGGUCAGACAGAACAGAUGAACAAGAUCCUACAGCAAGUUCUGCGCAUGUACAUUAGACCAGAUCAGAUUAACUGGGAUGAGAUGUUGCCUAAAGUAGCUAGUGCAUACAACAACANAGACCCGAUGGAACGAAGAGAGAGGGAGGAGGAACAAAAGUUAGCGUGGAAGUUGAGAAUGAAGAGGGAGAAGAAGAGGAGGAGAGAAGAAGUGAAUAAGAUGACCGCCGCAGUGGCAAAGGUGCAGGAGUGUAGAGCGGAGGUGCUGGCCCAACCAGAGGAUAAGGCCAAGUGGGACAAAGUACUGGGCUAUUUAGAGGUGUUGAGCAAGGCCUGGAUGGAGGAGCGCCAGGCAAGCUGGAGCCAGGAUGUAGCGUUGAGUGCCAUGCGGUCAGGGUUUAGAGAUUUCGCGCGCGAGUUCGUCACCCAUAUUGGGGGCGAAGUGAAGCAAUUGAGAGAUAAUGUAGGGAAGUUUUGUGAGGGCGCCAUUCAGGGUGCCAAAGCUGCAGCCGCUGUAGAAGGAGAGGCCAGACCCCGUAAGGACCCAGUGAAACUCAAGUUCCCAGAUGCGUACGGGGGGAAGAAGGAGGAGAACUUUGACAACUGGGAAGCCAGUGUCAACAGGUAUAUUUACUUGCAACAUAUCCUAACAGAGGAGCAAGUCCUCGUGGCCUUCCAGGCCCUGAAGGACGAAGCGGCUAGCUUCGCCAGGUCAGUCGCGCGUACAGCUGGUUGUGAAAACAACCUGGUUGCAUAUUCCAAAGUCACUCCUCUUUCCCAAUUCCUCAAGCUCCUCAAGGAGCGGUUCGCUGACCCAACGCGAGGCAUUAGAGCCUCUGAUAAGCUCCAAACGAUCCACUCGCGGCAGUGGAGGAGUGCUAAGGCACUCAAGGGUACUAUGGACGACUUGGUAGCCGUCCCGGACCACGGGGUCAYUGAACCCCAGYUGGUMCAGUUGUUUUAUCGUGCCAUUCCAGAAGCCCUACGCGGGCAUUUCUUUGACAAAUCUCAGCGAGCCGGCAUGACUUACGAUGUAUUGAGUAGAGAAGUCGUCCUGUAUUAGUCGAAGUCUAUGCCAGUUACCACUUUCUGGCAUAAGGACCUG